AGGAUCCUUUUGCCAAUUCUGUUGGUCUCCUGAGGAGCAACAGCGUUCUUCUGAUUGGCCGCUGCACUUUCCGUCUCCGUUCAAGGCCCGCCUCUUGCCUCUGAGCUUCAGUCCUUGCACAGACCAUGGCCCUGCGAGCAUGUGGCUUGAUCAUCUUCCGAAGAUGCCUCGCGCCCAAGGCGGACAACAGUGCGAUUGAGUUUCUCCUGCUGCAGGCAUCGGAUGGCAUUCAUCACUGGACUCCUCCCAAAGGCCACGUGGAACCAGGAGAGAAUGACUUGGAAACAGCCCUGAGGGAGACUCAGGAGGAAGCCGGCAUAGAAGCAGGCCAGCUGACCAUCAUUGAGGGGUUCCGAAAGGAGCUCAAUUAUGUGGCCAGGGAGAAGCCUAAAACAGUCAUUUACUGGCUGGCCGAAGUGAAGGACUACAACGUGGAGGUCCGCCUCUCCCACGAGCACCAAGCCUACCGCUGGCUGGGGCUGGACGAGGCCUGCCAUUUGGCUCAGUUCAAGGAAAUGAAGGCAGCACUCCAAGAAGGACACCAGUUUCUCUGCUCCACAGCGGCCUGACUGGCCAGAGCAGAGUCAUUGGCUUUGGUAGGGUUUUUCAGGGGCCUGCUGAAAUGCACUAUCCUCAGGUCCCGGGAAGAUUGUACGGGUGUUAGGCUCAUUGCAGCAAAUAGCAGCUAAGUCGGUGAGAUCAGCUGAGGUCUCUUAAACGAGAGCAAGCAAAAACCUCAGCUGGGUGGAAAGGCAGAGGAGAAGUAAACAUUUUAAGAGGCCAAGCCCAGUAAGUGUAUCCUGUACCUUAUCAAUAAAUCUCAAGCAGCUUCUCAGUCCCUCUAA